CUCAUGUUUCAUUAUUGUUAAACAAAUUGACCUAGAGUUGAAUUCAUAUCUCGGCCGGCGUUGUCUUUGGGAAGACGGAUUUAGUAAAGAUGAUGUCGACACAAGCAGAUUCUCUGAUCGAGUACUUGAUAGUGGAGUACCGAUGGCUGAUUGCCAUCACGAUCCUCAUGCCCCUCUCCUUCCUAUGGAAGAUCUGGUCUAUGGCAAGGAACUAUGUGGUCUUUAAACUCAACACAGCACCAGGAAAUCAUGAGAAGAAAGUUAAAAAAGUACAAAAACAAAUCAAAUCCUGGUUAGAUGGAGAUCGCAAUACCAGAUUAUGCACGGCUCGACCAACGUGGCAGACAAUGUCAUUUAGACAGGGUCUCUAUAAAAAAACCUUCACAAAUAUACACAUAGAUAUGGUGGACAUUCUGGAGGUAGACACGAAGAAUAUGACGGUACGUUGUGAGCCCUUAGUAACAAUGGGCCUGUUAUCCAAAACCCUGGCACCACUAGAUUUAUCAUUGGCUGUUGUACCCGAAUUGGACCAGCUGACAGUGGGUGGACUGGUUAUGGGUACAGGAGUGGAAUCCUCUUCACAUAUCCAUGGACUCUUCCAGCACAUCUGCCUGGAGUAUGAACUGGUAUUGGCUGAUGGAUCGGUUGUCACAUGUAGUAAGGACAACAACGCUGACUUGUUUUACGCAGUUCCAUGGUCCUAUGGCACUUUAGGAUUUCUGACUGCUGUUACUAUUAAAGUCGUUCCUGCGAAAAAAUACAUUCGGCUUACAUACCAGCCUUACACAAAUAUGCUAGACCUGUCUUCAAAAUUCAAAGAAGAAGCAUUAAAGCAGGACCCACAUCGGUACCUUGAAGCACUCCUCUUUGAUAAAAACAGUGGCGUUGUCAUGACGGGUGAUAUGGUGGAUGAAAUUGGAAACGAUGGAAUGUUCAAUCCAAUCGGUCGAUGGUACUCUCCCUGGUUCUUCACCCAAGUCGAGAACCACUUAGAGAAUUAUAAGCUAGGCCAGAAGACGUGUGCAGUUGAAUAUAUUCCUUUACGGGACUACUACCAUAGACACACGAGAAGCUUAUUUUGGGAACUACAAGAUAUAAUUCCUUUCGGCAAUAAUCCGGUAUUUCGUAUGUUAUUCGGAUGGAUGAUGCCCCCAGAAGUCUCCCUGCUAAAGCUCACUCAGCCGGAAGCAGUUACAAAGCUCUACAACAAAGCUCACGUGAUUCAGGAUAUGUUGGUUCCCGUAGAUGUCAUGGAGGAAGCAAUACAACUGUUUGAUAAGGAAUUUGAGGUUUACCCCAUUUGGCUGUGUCCUUUGAAGCUAUUCAAUAACCCUGGCCAGCUGAAGGUUAAUUCUAGUGACUGGCAGAUGUUCGUUGAUAUUGGGGUGUAUGGAGUACCCAAAGCUGAAGGAUAUGAAACUGUGUCGUCAACACGUCGUAUUGAAAGCUUUGUGACCCACCAUCGUGGCUUCCAAAUGCUAUACGCGGAUACAUUUACAACUGAAGGCGAAUUCCGAAAUAUGUUUGACCACACCCUUUAUGACAAGAUGAGGAGUUCCCUUCCCCACUGCAAGGAAGCCUUCCCUGAUGUAUACGGAAAAGUAAAUAGGAAUGUCAGAAAGUGAAUUCUCUCAUCCCCUUUCAUGAUAUGAAAAAUGACUUAUGACAAAUAGUGCGAUUUCGGAGCGUUAUAAAUAAGUUAAAAACUAACAAUGUGUUUAAUUUAGACUGACUUAUUAAUUUUCGCUUCCUAUUAAAAAAGACAAUCGAGACAAAAGCAUUGCCGUCCUAGGCUUUUGCGUGCACCCAAUAUACCUCCUGUGUUGUUUAACACGUGCUAGUACGGUAAAGAAAAACACAGUAAUGCCAACUCCUACAUAAUGUUCCCUUUAGAACCAACAUCUUAAACUAAAUAUCGAUUAAAAAAUACUCCUAAAUCCCCUCAUCGAUUAAAAACUCGGUUUAAUCGGUAUUUUCAAAUAUACAUCAAAAAACAUUCAAGUGGUAUAUAAUUACGAUCUUAGAGUGUCAAAGCUUCAUCAUCAGUGAAAUUGUUGGUACCACUGGAAAGACAUUGUGAGGUAACCGGCAUGUCUUUAGCUUAAAAAGACAUUGUGUGAGGGACGGAAGACCACCUCGCUCGCAAAAAAAUGAUUACAAAACAGAUGCACUGCCUAGAGUCAGCGUUGU